CAGCGGCGCUCUUUUCAAAAGCCUUACCGCGGAAUCAAGUCGACUCUCGGGUUGUUUAUUAUCUAACUUCACGUUAAGAAUCACCGACGCUAUAAUGCAUCUCUUGCAAGUGUCUGUGGUUGAUGUAAAGUUACGUUGACGUCGGUGAAGCUGACGUUAGUUGCCGGGGAAACGCCAAGUACGCUUCAGUGUCCCCUCGCAGCCAUGAACAGCACCGCAGAGAGGAAGUUCGUCAACUUGAGGAAGCGACUGGAUCAGCUGGGCUACAGGCAGCCACUGGCAAUAGAGUCACUGCCGCUAGUGGAGAAACUAUUCAGUGACCUGGUCCACACGACUGAGAGCCUGCGCAAUGCCAAACUGUCAGCGGGUAAAACUGAAAAGGAAAGCCGGAACGUUGAUGCUCUUCUGGAGCCCUACAGGACAGACAAUGCCCGGGUGGUGAGGGAGAACAACGAGCUGCACCUUGAGCUGCUGAAGCUGAAGGAGGAGAAGGAGCGUGACACCAGAGAGCUCAAGACCCAAGUCAGGAAACUGGACCAUGACACCUCUGACCUGAAGUUUUUAAACAAUCAGUAUGUGCACAAGGUGCGCUGCCUGGAGAAGGACAGCAAGGCGAAAGCUGAGCGCAUCCAGCAGCUGCAGGAGAAGAACAUGCAAGCUGUGGUGCAGACACCAGGUGGAAAGAAGCGCAGUAUUCCUUUCAGACGUCAGAGGAUGCAGAUUGAUGAGCUCAUACCUCCCUCCUCUGCAUCAGCUUACCCUGCGUUGCAGACCGAUGAUCCAUACGUAGCUGACCUGCUGCAGUUGGCAGAUAGGAGAAUUCAUGAGCUGCAGGAAGACGUCAUAAAGGUCAAAUUAGACCUGGAAAAUGCUCGGGAAUAUAUAAAACACUUAAGUACUCAGGUAGAGCAGAGGGACAAAGAGAUCGAACGUCUGAACCGUGUUCUUCAAGGAGGACGUCCCCAUGAUGUCAUUUCCCUCGAGGCUCAGAACAUCAGCAACGAGAAACUUAUUUCUCAUCUUAACCUUCAGAUUGAGUACCUGCAGGAGACCAACAGGACACUGGAGCAGAAGGUAGAAGGACUGCAACAGAAGAAGAACAAUGCCUCAACUGAAGUGGCUAAUCUGUCCUUAAAGAAUCUGGAACUGUGUGAGGAGCUUACGCACAUCGACGACCUUGCGAAGCGGCUGGAGAUGGACAAAGAGCGGGUGUUGGAAACAGUUGACAUGGAACUGCAAGACACUAAAGAAGAGAUCCAGAAGCAACAGAGAAUCAUUGAAGACUUGGAGGAUGUUAUUGCCAAAUUAAGAAAGGAGCAGUCUGAAGGUGACUUUGAAAAGGACCGUCUAAGGGAUCAGCUCCUGGAGCUAAAAGAACAAAAUGAGAAAAUGGAGGGACUGGCUAAUUUCCUGGAUGGGGAGAAAAUCAGGCUGCAGGACAAAAUUGAGAAAGUGAUGUCAGCUGACAAAGACCUGGUGCUAGAGCUGGAAACCAUGCGGGCUAAACAUGGUGUUUGUGGAAGGGAACGCUCCCCGUCACGUCUGGACGCAUUUGUCAAGAGUCUAGAGGAGGAGAGGGAUUACUAUCGCCAGGAGGCUGAGCGCUACAAGAGGGCCAGAGGGACAGGUGGUCUGGACUUAAGCCCAAGUCGUAGUCCAGGCAGAGGAAGGAGUCCAUUGUUGAAACGUGCAACGAGGGGAGGUGAUGCCGAGGCCGAGCUGCUCCUUGUCCGACAGGAACGAGAUGAGUUGAAGGCUGCUCUCAUAGACUUUGAGAAGCACAUGGAGGACAUCCAAAACAAUGUGAAGGCCCUCUGCAAUGAGAGAGACCAUUUCAAAACCCAGUUUAAACAGACUCAAGAGGACUUAAAACUGGCCCAUAGCAAAGAUAUGUCAGCUGACGUCUUGGACCUGCAGGCAGAGCUUAAACUGGCAGAAAUCAAAAUCGAGCAGAUGACGGAUGAAAAAGACACACUCAUGGAAAGGUUAAAGGUUGCCCAAACUUCAGCUUCCACAGACAGACGGGGCGAGGAGAGGAGGAUUCUUAACCUGGAAAAUGCUAUUCAGAGUUUGGAGCAGGAGAGACUGGACCUGCAAUCCCAGGUGUGUCAGCUGAUGGAGAGCAGGGAGGCUGUGGGGGAGGAUCUGAAGGUUCAGGCUAAUGCCAUGGUGCAGAAUGCAGAGGAGGCGGCCCAGCAGAGGGCAGAGUCCAACGCUUUGAGGCUGCUACAGGAGCAGAUGGAACAGUCACUCUCUGACACCCAGCACAGACUGUCUAUCAAGAUGAAUGAGCUGCAUGAUGCCCAUCAGCAGAUUGAGAAACUGGAAGAGAGAAUAGAGGAGCUAAGUCAGCGAGGCUCCAAGCACAAGGAGGACGUGGCUGCUCUUCAGAAGUCCAUCUCUGCCCUGGAUAGAGAGAAAGAUGCUCUGCAGGAUGAAGUUGAUCAAAAGACGGAAAAGCUGGUUGCUAUCGAGGAGGAGUUUUCCAAAAAAGAAAAGACCCUUGAAGAAGUGAAACAUACCAUUCUAAACUUGGAUACCUCUUUAGCUCAGCUGCAGGGGGCCUUAAACAGCCGCGAGAGGGAGAUCAGCAGCCUGAGGAGACAGCUGGACGCCUCUCAGGAGGAGCUGAUUGCACUCAGGAGAGAGAAGGAAAUCACAAUCAGAGAGAACAGGAGGCUGCAAGGAGACCUGGCCACGAUGACCAGAGAAAACCAGGCUGUGCACAUGGAGAUGGAGGAGGCUAUGCAUGAGAAGGACGAACUGAAACUGAGGGUCCACUCAUACAUUUCUGAAGUGUCCAGAAUCGAAAAACUGAUGGCAACAAAGGAGCAGGAGAACAGGAACCUGCUGGAGCAUUUCAGAAUGGCUCACACUGAGGUGGAGGAGCGCGAGCAGAAGCUGCUGCAGUCUGAGGGCCUCAAUAACUCCAUCCGCCUGGAGCUGCUCUCUUCAGACACAGAGCGCAGACACCUCCGAGAUACUGUUGGCCACCAAGAGAGAGAAAUCCAUCAGCACACACAAGCGCUGCAGGCUUAUGAGGCCCAGGUAUCAUCGCUGGUUCGUGGGAUGUCCCGGCUAGAGGAGGAGCUACACAACACCCAGGAGGAGAAGGCAGCUCUCCUCUCAGAUCUGGCCUCUGUCAGGGAGCUCUGUGUCAAGCUGGACUCCGGCAAGGAGCUCACUGCCCGUCAGCUCACCUCCAAAAGCAUGGACCUGGAGAGGGUCACAGGAGAGGUGGAGGAUGUUCGGUCCGAGGUGGAGCUACUUAAGAAGCAACUGGCCAGUGAGCGGUUGACCGUCCGUAACCUGGAGACACUACUCUCCUCCAAUCGGCACAAAGAGUUCCAAACUCAUCUUACAGCCAGCGAAAGAGAGUCGGAGCUGAAAGUCCUUCGAGACAGGCUCACGCUGGCUGAUAGCAAAACUGCAGAGCAUGCCAGGGAGGUGUCCCAGCUCCGCGGUAAAGUGUCUCAGCUGCAGACCGAGAUGGACGUUCUGAAAAGACAGUUGACCACAGAACGCUUUGAACGUGAGAGGGCAGUCCAGGAGAUGCGCAAACAGGGUUUGUCUUUCUCAUCCCUCCAAAGCUCCUCGCCCCGCAGCGUCUCCUCCGGUUCUCAGCAAUUCUCCCCUGAAACCUCCAUCCUCAGAAGUCUUGACCGCUCAGCUGACAGGUCAGCAGACAAAAGUGUGAGCUUCAAGGAUUGAAGUCCAGAUGUGAUUGAUGAAGGCCUUUAUAAACCUGAGAAAUAAUUAGCACAUAGCAUUCCUCUGUGCCUCUUCAUUUCCAAGUCCAGUCUGAAGGACCAAGGAUAAAAAAAUGUGUUCCUACAUUUAAACAAACUGUGACCUAACUUUUCCAUCAGUAUCUUGUACAGCCACUAAUAGAUUAAACUAAUAGAGGAUUUAACUUUAUGAAUGAGUUAGUCCCUCAGAAAUCCAUUUUUCAUCAACAACCUCACACACAAUGUAGCAAGAGAAGUGUCUGUUCACCCCUGUUGUAAUAUUCAUUUCCCUGUUUUUUAUAAUGUCUAAAUUAUUUAAUAAUUCACAAAAUAAAAUG